AUGGAGAUCAAGAAGCCCCAGCAGAAUGCCUACGUUUUGGGCGUCGGCCUCACCAAGUUCAUUAAGCCCCGCCAGACCCGGUCCUAUGUCGAGAUGGGGUUCGAAGCCGGAGCGAAAGCUAUGCUGGAUGCUCAGAUUACAUACGACGAUGUCGAACUCGGCGUGGCAUGUUUCUGCUUUGGACCGACUUGCAGUGGCCAGCGAGUAUUUUACCAGUUCGGCAUGACGGGCAUCCCUGUCUACAACACCAACAACGCCUGUGCCACUGGAUCGACUGGACUACAUAUGGCCAGGACGAUGAUUCGAGCUGGCGCUGCAGACUGUAUCUUGGUCGUUGGCUUUGAGCAGAUGCAGUCUGGUCCCAUCAAGGGUGGAUUCUCGGAUCGACCAGCUCCUAUGGGACUUGCGACGAAGAUGAUGGAGGAUCAGUUUGGCAAGCAUGAUAGCCCACAGAAUGCGCAGUACUUUGCCAAUGCUGGCAGAGAGUAUAUGGAGAAGUACGGCGCCACCGCAGACGACUUCGCAGAGAUUGGCCGAGUCAGCCACGCACACUCUACCAAGAACCCAUAUGCUCAAUUCCAACAAGAAUACAGUCACAAGGACAUUGCCGACGCACCGAUGAUUCAUUUUCCGUUGACCAAGCUGCAAUGUUCGCCGACGAGCGAUGGCUCCGGAGCAGCGGUCAUUGUCUCAGAGCGCUUCCUCAACUCAAAGCCACACCUUAAGUCUCAAGCAAUCCUCAUGGCUGGCCAGCAACUCCAGACCGAUGAUACUACGCUAUACUCGAAGUCUGCCAUGGACCUGGUCGGCUACGGCAUGACAGCCAACGCCUCCGCCAUGGCCUACAAGGAGGCCGGCGUAACGGCCAAGGACAUCGAUGUGUGCGAACUCCAUGACUGCUUCUCCGCCAACGAGCUUAUUCUGCUCGAAGGCCUUGGCUUCUCGGAGAAGGGCAAGGCUCACGAGAUGGUCCGCCGUGGAGACAUUACCUACGGCGGCAAAGGCCCCAUCAUCAACCCAUCUGGCGGUCUCAUCUCCAAGGGUCACCCUCUCGGAGCAACUGGCCUCUCCCAGUGCGCUGAACUCACCUGGCAACUCCGUGGCUGGGCCAACAACCGACACGUCGACUCCAAGGUUGCCCUGCAACACAACUUGGGUCUCGGUGGAUGCGUAGUCAUCAACGUAUACAAGCGUGCUGACGGCCGAGACAACAAGAAGUUGACAGAUGAGGAGGCCAUCAAGGGCACGAACUGGAAGUACAACCCAGCUACUUCGGCGAAGACAUGUACGAUGGAGGAGGCGAGGAAGGUCAUGAGCAAGAAGGCUGUGGUUGAGUACGCUCUGGCCGACACACCGAAGUUGAUUCAGAGCAGGUUGUAA